AUGGGUGAUGUCAAAACUGUUCGUAUGAAAAACACUAUGUCGUUUAAGAGAUACAUACCUGCGCUCGUGUUGGUUUUUAUGACUUUUACUUUAUCCAAAGCCCAGUUUGAAUCGGGUGACUUUCCACAUGACUAUACUCAAGCUAUAAGAAAAGUUCACCGCCUCAAUUCCCAGCUUGAAGCAAUCCAACAAGAAUCUCGGCAACAGAUUCUCACGAGUCCUCUCCAUCUCAGUGGACUGGAUCCCAACACGUUAACAGCGUUGCUGGAUCGCGUUCGGCAGCUACAAGCGGGGUAUCAGCCGGACGUCAACGUCUCUGAGACAUGUCUUAACAGAACCGAGCACUAUCUGGGUGGACUGAUUGGGGGAGAAUACUGGGCAUUAAAAAUGUUCGACGCUUCAGCAAAGAUACCAAGUGCCAUUCUUGACGGAAAAUUCAAAUGGCUAGGUUCCUACAGCGAGUGUCUGGCCGUGGACGCCUAUAUCCUGUACAAUGUGACCAACCCUGACAACACCACCUGGACAGCGGAUGACCAGUUUGGUGGACAGUACUGCACUGGAAAUACGCCAAUACAACUGGCUGGCAGCCAAUCAGUCACCCUUAGCAUUGGUGUAUGCGUUCCAAGUGGGUGUAGUGAACACGACUUGAAGGCCUUACUUAACACACUUAUAGGCACCACAUAUGAUAUCAUACACCAGAACAAGGACUUCUUUCACAAACCACUGAUUCCAUAUAUCAGCGAAACAAAACCGGACAGUAACGGUUCGGCGCCGAUGGAGAUCGACGAACGUACGCCACUGGUUCAUGGCCACAAGAAGGGUGUACAUACCAACGAUAAUGGUGCCAGUGGCACAAUGCACAAGAUCCUUCUGGCGUUUUCUUUGUACACCAGCGGUGCCAAAGUUCUGAAUACCAAGCAAGGCAGUGGAGCUCUCACAUGUGUCAAUGGAAUACGGUUUUUGAGUCUCUCCUGGGUUAUUUGGGGACACUCCUACGUUUUUGCAAUGGGCACGAUUGAAAAUAUUCUUCCUUUUACUCAGAACUUAAUGCAACGUUGGACAAUGCAGGUCUUGAUUAACGGAACCUUCUCUGUGGACUCUUUCUUUUUGCUCAGCGGUCUUCUUGUCACAUAUUUAACAAUGAAAGAGAUGAAGACGGGGAGUGGUAGAUUUAGGAUCAACUGGGGACUAUAUUAUUUCCACAGAUUCUGGAGGUUAACGCCGCCAUAUAUGCUAGUUAUGAUGGCGUAUGUGCCAACGCUAUAUUACUGGACAAAUGGACCCUUGUGGCCAAGAACUGUUGAUGGGUUUGACCCAGAUUGUUAUGAGGCUUGGUGGACACACCUUCUGUAUUUGAACAAUGUUGUUAUGCCAGAAAAACUGAUGUGUAUGCCGUGGUCCUGGUAUCUAGCCAAUGACAUGCAGUUCUUUGUUAUCAGUCCUCUUAUUCUGUUUCCUCUGUUUUGGAAUGAGCUAAUUGGAAUGGGCGUUUUGCUAGCAACAUUGUUUGGUACUUUAUUGACUACUGGAAUACUCUCCAACGUAAAUAAAAUAGGCCCUGGAGUGCUGAGUGUGCCAUUAACCGAGGAUAUAAUCUAUUUCAAGCCGUGGACAAGAAUAGGGCCUUAUUUAAUAGGGAUGCUGGUUGGUUACAUACUCUACGUUACUGACUGCAAACCCAAACUUAACAGGUUAACGGCAUUAAUUGGCUGGAUGGUAGCUACGGCAACUGCCCUCGCACUGGUAUACGGCCUUUAUGACGUUUACCAAGGUCACCCGCUCAGUAACGAUGUUAGCGCAUUUUACAACGCAGUCUCAAGAACCGCUUGGGGUGCGUGUGUUGGUUGGGUUAUAUAUGCAUGCUGUACUGGAUAUGGAGGGUUCGUGAACAGAUUAAUGUCCUGGAAGGCGUUUGUACCUUUGAGUCGUCUGACAUACUGUGCCUAUCUCAUCCAUCCUAUCAUUAUGUAUGUGGUAUAUAUGGGAAGAGAGACGCUCAUACAUGCCACAGAUGUGACUAUGACAUUCUUUUUCUUUGGAAACAUGGUGGCGGCGCUUGCGUGUGCUUUCAUCGUAUCCUUGGUGUUUGAGGCUCCUAUGAUGGGACUUGAGAAAGCUAUAUUACAGCGGCGAAAAUCGGCGUAGCCCCCGGAAUGACUGAAAAGAGCAGGAAUGAAAGUACUCCAAGAAGUGUAACGAAACUGUAGGGAUAGCUUUUUGGUAGUCGCAUGUUCUGGAAUGUUCGAUAGUAUUGUCAGAACUUUGUGGAAAUAAUACUAUUCUAUUUCAAUGACCGUCACCGAGGUUAAACAAGGACGCACCAGGUCAUCAAAGAGAGAAGAUAUCAAUAAACGAAUUAAUUAUCGUUUUUUCCGUAUGUAUUUAAUAAACAGUAUUUUUUAUUGAAUUCAAGGGGAAAUAUUUGAAAUUUAGUUUCGAAAUGUUGCCGACUAUUUAGACAUUUUGACCUUUGUUCGUGACUCCUGUUUCAAUCAAAAUCACGUGAUGAACCCCACAAUUCAGAGUGUAUUAGAAAUCAUUUGUUGUUCUAAUCAGUCUGAUGAUUACAAAAAUAACAUGCCUUUAAGUCGCUUGUUAAACCUUUCUAUAAAGUCUGAUAUAAUGUACAUAAUUGGUGAGUGUACGGUAUGUAUUUAGAACC